UCAGUCGGCCACAAAGAGUUUUAUUCUAUUAAAUUGUAAACAAAAAUGGAACAAGUUUGUCGAGUUUGCAUGAGCAGCUGUGUCACGCUUGUGGAAAUAUUUGCCGAGCGACAGCAGCCGGAGGAGGAACCCAGCCUAGCCGAGAUGCUAAAUGAAUGCGUCGACUGUGAGGUAAAGCCAGAUGAUGCAUUCCCAAAACAGAUUUGCUUGUCCUGCGUUCUUGAUGCCCAAAACGCAUUCAAAUUUAAACGCACAUGCGAACAGAGUUAUCAGCAAUUUUGUCGGCUGCUUAACGGAGAGGGCAGUCAAACUAUAAAAGCUGAUGAUUGGCACCUGGCAGCAUGUGAAAGCAUGGAACUGGCGUGCGUGAAGGAGGAGCAGCUAGAGACACCUAUGCCGGAAAGCUGGGAAGAUAACUUCGAAGAAAACAGCAUGCUGCCUCAAUGCAGUAGUUUUAAGGAGGAACAACUUUCGCCGGGCACUUCGGACAUUGUUGAAGCUGACGCCACCGAAAGUAAUCAUCGCUGUAGAAUCUGUGGCAAGGUAUUCGCUGACAUGGCUCUGAUGACUGAGCACGCAGUUUACCAUCGAACAGAAGACCGUCGAUUUGUGUGCACGCAAUGCCCGAAAUCAUAUAAAAGGCUUGCGAGUCUGCAAGCGCACAUGCGCAUUCACAUGCGCGAGAGUGCUUACAAGUGUCAAGAGUGUCCAAAAGUGUUUGUGCUAAGCUAUCAACUGAAGAAGCACAUGCUUAGUCACUCGAGAAAACGUCCAUUCGCGUGUCCACACUGUCCGAAAGCCUUCAAAAAUAACACGAAUUUACAGUCGCACAUACGCAUUCACUCAGGCGAACGUCCAUUCAUUUGUUCCUAUUGCUCGAAAACAUUCAAUAAUCCCUCAAACCUGCAAAGGCAUGUUCGCCUUCAUGCAGAAGAAUGUUCGCGUCCAUACCAAUGUCCCCAUUGUCCGAAGAGCUUCACCCGAAUGCUGCAUAUCAAAUAUCACCUUCUCGAUCACACAGAAAAAGCCCCUGAAGACAACUCAAAACAAUCAACUACCGUUGAUAAUCUGCUGAAAGAGGUGGGAACAUUUUCAAAAUAAACAUUUGUAAACAAUUAUUAGAAGCUAUAUUGAUUUCCGUUAAAUGAGACAUUUCGAAAAAUACAAGCUA